UCGAAUGGUUUUCGUUCGCCCUGAUAGAGAGUGUGUAUUGGUGGACAGUGUACAGAUGUGACCCAUCAAUUUGCAUUUCAUUUUGGUUUGCAAAAAAAGUAAAAAAUGUGAGCAGUAUGCAAUGGCGAUUUUUUCGUUCUAGUUUUUGUGGAACUGUUUGAAUUUAGUGUGGAAAGAUAAAUUGCAAUCAUACUCAAUCAUGGUGGAGUAAUAGAAAUGGAAAAUUUGGAAAAGUCGUAAUUAAAUGAAGCACAAUGGCUCCUGAUGAGGUGAUGUGUAUGUGUGUGCCGAAGAAAAGUAUCUCAGCUCAGAUGUAGAGAGUUGUUUCAAUUUUGGACGAUUGCUAGUAGUUUUGUUUUUUUUAAAGAAAAACUGUCAGUGCUGAAGUUGGGAAAACGAUCCCGAAACGGUGACAGCGUAAAUAUCAGUAAUUAGCUCCUUGGCGCGUUACCUACUCGUUUUGUUCUGUGUUGCGCGCGCUCGUCACGUCCCCCCGGUAAGCAAGAGAAAAAUAAAAUCAUCAAACUGGCAAAAGUAAUCUUCGACGCGACGGCUCAUGAGUAGCAUUCGGUCCAGUGAGCGAGAUCGUAUUACUGUGAAGAUUCAUAACAUGAAACGUAGCGCAUCGCGCGAAUCUCCACCUAGAUCAAAGCGACGCGGCAGUAUUGGACGAUACGACGAUAGCUCCGACGAGCGAGUGACCCCAGACAGAAUGCGACGACGUGUGGCCCGUUCCCCCAGCCCCCGGGCUCGCUAUGCUUCUCCGCACCGCGACGAGUACGCCUCCUCGCGAAGCCGGGCUGACAUCGGAAGUGCUGGCGGCGACCGGUACUCGUACAAGGUGCUUUGCGUUAGUGCGCUGCACCCGAAGGCAUCGGACGAGUUCAUCAAAGAGACGCUCUAUCGCGAGUACAAAAAGUUUGGCGACUUCAGCAUUCGCGUGUCGCAUGAUUUGGACGAGCGGGUUGCUUACGUGUGCUUCCGUACGUCGGAGGAUGCACGAGAGGCAAAGCACGCCAAGUCGCGUAUCAUUCUGCACGAUAAGGUAGCUCUGGUGGAACCUGUCUACGAGUCGACCAAGUCCGAUUCGUACCGCCGUCCUCGCUCGGCUACGCCGCCCGAAUAUGAUCGGCAUUAUUAUGCGCGCUCACCGGGAGUACCACCGCCCGAUCGUAGACGCCCGCCGGAGCAUCAUCCUUACGAUGGCUACGGGCCGCCACCAGGUGGCCGCAUGCACCAUCCCGAUUUUCGUCCACCGAUGCAUCACGAUUACAUGCCACGUGGCCCACCGCUACAUCAUCACGGUCCACCGCAUAUGCAUCCGGGCGGUGGUGGUGGACCACCGCAUCAUCAUUACAUGCCCCGUCCGUAUUUACCGCGGGCACCCCGGGCUCCCUUCGAAAAACCAGAAAACAAGAAGGACAAAUUCCCGAACUAUCUCCACCAUAUCCAGCCUGAGGACGACCCGUUGGCGACGCGCACGCUUUUCGCCGGCAACUUGGAGAUAAACAUUUCCGACGAGGAGCUGCGCCGCAUCUUUGGCAAGUAUGGGUUGGUAGAGGAUAUCGACAUUAAGAGGCCGCCACCGGGAACGGGCAAUGCAUUCGCCUUUGUACGCUACCAGACGCUCGACAUGGCACACCGGGCAAAAGUGGAGUUGUCGGGGCAGUACAUUGGCAAGUUCCAGUGCAAGAUCGGCUACGGUAAGGCAACGCCGACGACGCGCAUCUGGGUUGGCGGCCUCGGUGCCUGGACGUCGGUGACGCAGCUCGAGCGCGAGUUCGAUCGGUUCAGCGCGAUCAAAAAGAUCGAGUACGCAAAGGGCGACACGCAGGCGUACAUUUUGUACGACUCGAUUGAUGCGGCGACGGCCGCAGUGAAGGAAAUGCGUGGCUUCCCGCUGGGAGCGCCCGAUCGGCGCAUCCGCAUUGAUUUUGCGGACAACGGUACGGCGCCACCGUUCCAGAAGCGUCCGUUCGAGGAGGGUGGUGGUGAGUAUCGUCGGGUGCCCGAGUACGAGUACCCGGAGGCUGGCGGGGGCGGCGGAGCGGCCCCGUACGAUGAUGUUCCACCUGCAUACGGAGGCUACGGGGCUCGUUCGUUCCGUGGCGGGCGUGGUAGUGGCGGUGGUGGUGGCGGCGGUGGAAGCGGUGGAUACCGUGGACGCGGUGGUGGCAGCGGAGGCAGUUUCCGCGGUGGCUUCCACCAUGAAGGACAUCGCCCGACAGGUGGUGCGGGCGGACCACCGCAUCAUGGUCCAGGAGGGGAAGAAGAAUGGCGUCGUCCACCAGGAGAGGGUGGCGGCGAGUAUGAUCAGCGACGACGCUCGGGAUCGCGUGAACCAGGCGGUGGCAUCGAUCGAUCCCGAUCCCGAUCACCCAGACGCCGCAGUCCCGCGGAUUCCGAUUCCGACUCAUCUUCGCGUCGCAACGGCGUCCUGACUAGCGCCCGCACACUACCGGAAGUGGCUCGGAAGUCCACGACCGUCUGGCAGGGUGCCCUCAUUCUGAAGAGUUCGCUCUUCCCCGCCAAAUUCCAUCUCACCGAUGGCGACGCGGACAUUGUGGACGGGUUGAUGAAGGACGAGGACGGAAAGCAUCAUUUGCGUAUCACGCAACGUUUGCGUCUUGACCAGCCCAAGCUGGAGGACGUACAGAAGCGCAUCUCAUCGUCCUCCUCGCACGCCAUCUUCCUCGGACUCCCCAGCUCAACUACCGGUGUGUCGUCUUCGGAUGAUGCGAGCGUUCAGACGCGACCACUGCGCAAUCUCGUCACCUACUUGAAGCAAAAGGAGGCGGCCGGUGUCAUCUCGCUGCUUAACAAGGACACCGAGGCCACCGGUGUUCUUUAUUCGUUCCCGCCGUGUGAGUUUUCCACUGAGCUGUUGAAGCGCACCUGCCACAAUCUCACCGAGGAAGGACUGAAGGAGGACCACUUGGUGAUCGUGGUGGUGCGCGGUGGCACUGCCUAAAAUACCGGGACAGUGUAGGGCAGUGACGAUGAUGGCAGCGUAUACUAGGACCUACCAGAGGUGACCGGCAUGUUGACUAGGACAUCGCCGUUUUUAUUAUAGUACGUUAAAGUAAGCAAUUCUUCCGAAGAAGGGUACACAUCAACUUUGGUGUGUGUACUUGUAUUGAGUGUGUAUAUGGAUUAAGGUGACAAUGCGCUCUACCCGAAAACAAGUAGGCAGAAAAAAGCCGCUUUCCCGAGCACUGCAAAAAAAAAAAAAUCUGGACACCAUAUUGGACCCAAGCUUUGUUUGGUAAAGUGUUGUAGGGUAGGCUUCGUAAGGUCGUCCUCGUCGUGAAGGUGUUUUGUUUUCGGUGCUACGCUGACUAUGACGUAGAUAAUUUUUUUUGAUCAUUUUGUUCUUUUAUUGACGGUCUGCCAGUUAGAAAAGAUCUUUGUAUAACAAAAGAUUAGAAAGUACCACAUACACAACUGAGCCGAUUCCCGCUUGACUAUCGAGAAACAAACUCGAAUGAAACCGUCUACACAUAACGAGAGCCGUAAGUACACAUUCAUCCAGUCAUAAUCGUCAUAUUACACCAUCAUCACCGCGAACGAGCCGAUGGCGUAGGAAUAACAUCAACUGCUGCUUCGUCGACCUGUACCGGCAAAAUCAUCCUCAUAUAAACACAGCAUACAACCACGGCGUGCAAUGUACCGUCCUUCAAAACAACCCGUCAGGCUAGAAAGUUCUAGUACCCGUUUGCCUCCGGCCUGUGACGAAAUGUAAUAACAAAACGAACGGUUGUUUAGAAGGGCGAUGGCGCAUUCUAACGGAAAGUAAAACGAAUUUGAGGACGAGGACCAAUGUUAGUAGUACAUUUCUCCCUGGCUGCUGUAUUGUUUUUCCUUCUUCAUCCACUUAGGGCGUUCUCUUGUAGUGUUUUUAUGACAACAUUGUAUUGUGCGUGUGUCCUUCGCGGGCAGCCCGAUUAGCUUGUGCAUCAAGAAGAGAGAGAACAAAAAACAACACACAUGAAACAUGAAAAGGAUUUGCUGGUGCAACUAUCGUUCGUGAUUGUGUAUGUGCGUUUGUGCUCUUGUGUGUGUGUGUAAUAUUAGCAGAGCUCUGUCAAUGUGUCAUUGGAAGUUCAAAGGGGGCAGUAUUCCUUUUUAAGCAGAUUUUGAAUGAUGUAUACUGUUCGACUAUUAUAUUCUGUAACCAGUUAGUUUUUUUUUAAAUAAAAAAGUCACAAGUUAUAUCUCAGCGGAA